CUUCUUAAAUCGCCUGUAACGAAAGUGAAUAUGUAUCAUAAACAAAAUAUUGAUAAUAAAUUAUUCGUCAUCAUUGUGUUAAUCGGAAUUCACGUUGCAAAUUUUUCUUCGGAUGCUUCAGAACGCGACUCGCCCAAAAAUGAUUACGUUCUAAGGAGUUGUAUGUCGAGUGUUGAAUUGAGCAGACGUAAUAUUGACACGCCGGUACAAAAAUUGCCAGCAGCUUCGGAGCGUCCUCGUGGUCGGACAGCAACGUUAGAGGUGACACAAUCACCGUUGAAACGAGACCGCAUCAAAUUUGCGGACGAGAAAAUGCAAGAAUGGUCUCGAAGAAAAUUUAUUCAGCAACGUAGCGUGAUGAGAGGACGUCCGGCGAGAGUAAUGAUCGCCGAUACCCCCUUAACGACUCUAUCGCUACAGCGAAAAGGUCGUAACGAUGGACCUCAAUUGUUUGUGAGAAAUGAUCACUUACCGGAAGUUCGAAAUUCCCGAUUCGGUAACAAAAGUGAUAAAACUGAAGCCUCGAUCAUUUUGAUCCAAUCGGCGUGACCAAUUUUUUUCUUUUCUAUGAGUUAUUAAAAUCGGAGUAAUAUCGAGACCUUUGAGGACUUUACGUAAAAUUACACAACAAAAGGAUACGAUAAAUUUUCGUAAAAGCGAAACGGUUCACUAGAAUGUUGACGUUCAAUUGGAAAAAAAUUUCAAUAUCGUGUUUAUAUUGUAUGUACAGUUUAUUGAACGAGUUCACGUUGUUAUGUUAAUCCAUAAGUUCUUGGAAAAUGCUAAAUCGUAAAAUAAAUUUCGGACUCAUGAGCUGGACGCCUUCACGGCUUCCGGUAACCUUUGUAUUUCCACCUGUAAUCAAUAAAUCAAAUACCGAAUUA